UUUCCUGGCGCCUUAUAGCAGCGUGCAACCCUGCGACGCGUAGACGAACUAGGACAGCGAGGCCUAGCGUUCGGUUUUCAGGGGCGUAGUGGCCCAGUUGGCUCAUUGGUCCGACCAUAGAGCUUUCAGACCUCCAGGAUUCCUAGAGAGCUCCCGGAAGUGGCUUGGGGCAAGAUGCAUGUUGGCCGGCGGUGUGCCUCCUCACAUCUAGAAGUUAGGGGCUGGAGGGUCCUGCGCCGGCUGCUGCGUUCGCACCUCUCUUCUUGCAGCCGUUCCUGUGGGUCUGUACACCGUUUGUAGCAUCCCUUCCCCAGCGCGGGCCGCCUCUGGAAUUCACGAAGUACCCUUAAAGAAGAGGCCCUCAGAAGGUUCUUCUCUUAAGAAGAUAAAGAAACUUAGUAGAAACGAGUCUCCUGAGCUUUUCUGGCCCUAAAUGGCAGCAGAAUCAAGAAAAUCUUUAGCCCCAUCCCCACCAGACCAGGUUCCUGAAGAGGACCUAGUAAUUGUCAAGGUAGAGGAAGAUCAUGGUUGGGACCAGGAAUCAAGUCUACAUGAAAAUAACCCUCCUGGCCAAGAGCUGUUCCGCCUACGCUUCAGGAAGUUAUGCUACCAAGAGACACUAGGACCCCGAGAAGCUCUGAUCCAACUCCGCGCACUUUGCCAUCAGUGGCUGAGGCCAGAUUUGAACACCAAGGAGCAGAUCCUGGAGCUGCUGGUGCUAGAGCAGUUCUUGACCAUCCUGCCUGAGGAGCUCCAGACUCUGGUGAAGGAACAUCAGCUAGAGAAUGGAGAGGAAGUGGUGACCCUACUGGAGGAUUUGGAAAGGCAAAUUGAUAUAUUGGGACGGCCGGUCCCAGCUCGUGCACAUGGACAUAGGGUACUCUGGGAGGAGGUGAUGCAUUCAGAAUCUGCACCAGAGCCUCCAGAUACUCAGCUCCAACCUGUGGCAACUCAGCACAAAUCUGCAGUGCUCCAAGGGCCACAUGAUAGAGCCAUAUCAGUUUCACAGAGUCCUACCCUUUCCCAGAAAGGAAGUCCUCGAGACCAGGAGAUGACAGCUACACUGCUUACAGCAGGGUUCCAGACUUUAGAGAAGAUCGAAGACAUGGCUGUGUCCCUAAUUCGGGAGGAAUGGCUUCUUGAUUCAUCCCAAAAGGAUCUGAGUACAGAUAACAGGCCAGAGAAUUACAGAAACAUGUUCUCCCUGGGUGGUGAGACCAGGAAUGAGAACAGAGAAUUAACUUCAAAACAGGUAAUAUCUACUGGAAUCCAGCCACAUGGAGAGACAGCUGCCAAAUGCAACGGGGAUGUUAUCGGGGGUCUUGAGCCUGGAGAAGCCCGAGACCUUCUGGGCUCAUUAGAGAGGCAGCGGGGAAAUCCCACCCAAGAGAGACGACAUAAAUGUGAUGAAUGUGGGAAGAGCUUUGCUCAGAGUUCAGGCCUUGUUCGUCACUGGAGAAUCCACACUGGGGAGAAACCCUAUCAGUGUAAUGUGUGUGGUAAAGCCUUCAGUUACAGGUCAGCCCUUCUUUCCCACCAGGAUAUCCACAACAAAGUAAAACGCUACCACUGUAAGGAGUGUGGUAAAGCCUUCAGUCAAAACACAGGCCUGAUCUUGCACCAGAGAAUCCAUACUGGGGAGAAGCCAUAUCAGUGCAAUCAGUGUGGGAAAGCUUUCAGUCAGAGUGCAGGCCUUAUUCUGCACCAGAGAAUCCACAGUGGGGAGAGACCCUAUGAAUGUAAUGAGUGUGGGAAAGCUUUCAGUCAUAGCUCACACCUCAUUGGACAUCAGAGAAUCCACACUGGGGAGAAGCCCUAUGAGUGUGAUGAGUGUGGGAAAACUUUCAGGAGGAGCUCACAUCUUAUUGGCCAUCAGAGAAGCCACACUGGGGAGAAACCCUACAAAUGCAAUGAGUGUGGGAGGGCCUUCAGUCAAAAGUCAGGCCUUAUUGAACAUCAGAGAAUCCACACUGGAGAAAGACCCUAUAAAUGUAAAGAAUGUGGGAAAGCUUUCAAUGGGAACACUGGCCUCAUUCAGCAUCUGAGAAUUCACACAGGGGAGAAACCCUAUCAAUGUAAUGAGUGUGGGAAAGCCUUUAUUCAGAGGUCAAGUCUCAUUCGACAUCAAAGAAUCCACACGGGUGAAAGACGGUAUACAUGCAGUGAAUGUGGAAAGAAGUUUGCUCAGAGCUCAGGCCUUGUUCGACAUCAGAGAAUCCACACUGAAGAGAAACCCUAUGAAUGUGAUCACUGUGGAAAAGCCUUCAGUGUACGCUCAACUCUCACUGUGCAUGAAAGAAUCCACACUGGUGAGAAACCCUAUACUUGUAAUGAGUGUAGGAAAGCUUUCAGUGUGAGGGCACACCUGAUUAUACAUCAGAGAAUCCACAAUGGAGAGAAACCCUAUGAAUGUGAUGAAUGUGGCAAAGCAUUUAGUGUGAGCUCAGACCUCAUCAAACAUCAGAGAAUCCACUCUGGUGAGAAACCUUAUGAGUGUGAUGAGUGUGGGAAGGCCUUCAGUGUGAGUUCAGCCCUUAUCAAACAUCAGAGAAUCCACACAGGAGAGAAGCCAUAUGAGUGUAAGGAGUGUGGGAAGGCCUUCUAUGUAAACUCAGCCCUUAUUAAUCAUCAGAGGAUUCAUUCUGGAGAAAAGCCCUAUAAGUGUGGAGAAUGCAGAAAAGCAUUCAGCCAAAUCUCAACGCUUAUUCAUCACCAGAGAAUCCAUACUGGAGAGAAACCAUACGAGUGUGAUGAGUGUGGGAAAGCAUUCCGUGGGAGCUCUAAUCUUACUAAACACCAGAAAAUACACGCUAAAGGAAAUCAUCCUGAGAAGAGUCAUGAGAAUAAAGAAUGUGGCAAAACCUUCAGACACUGGAAUGAUCUCAUUAAACGUAAGCAAUUUCAUUUUGGACAGGAGCCUUAUUUGUGUCAUGAGUGUGGCAAAGCCUUUAAGUUCUGUGAUAGCCUUGCUAAACAUCAGAAAAUCCACACUGAAGAGAAAACUUAGCAGUGUAAAGAGUAUAUGGAUUCAUUGUGUUCAAGUCUGGUCACUCACCAAAGAACCCACAGUGGAGAACACCAGUAUGGAUAUAGUGAGUGGGGGAAUGCCUUCAUUUGGAAGCCAGAAUUUAUUACCAGAAAACCCAUAAAUAUAAAAUGUGAGAAGACCUUCACUUAAAAACUCAAUCUUAUGCACUGGAAAAUCCAUACUGGAACAAAACCCUACAAAUGUAAGGAAUGUGGAAAGGCCUUUGCUCAGAGCUCAGGGCUUGUUCGACAUUGGAGAAUUCACACUGGAGAGAAACCUUAUAAGUGCAAUCAAUGUGGAAAAGCCGUCAGUUAUAAAUCAGCCCUUCUUUCACAUCAGGAAAUUCUUAAUAAAAUAAAACGCUAUCAGUGUAAUGAAUGUGGGAAAGCCUUCAGUCAAAACACAGGCCUGGUUCUUCAUCAGAGGAUCCAUACUGGAAAGAGACCUUAUGGGUGUAAAGAGUGCGGAAAAUGCUUUAGUCAAAGUUCACACCUUAUUGGACAUCUGAGGAUCCACACUGGAGAAAAACCCUUCAAAUGUAAUGAGUGUGAGAGGGCCUUCACUCAGAGGUCAGGACUCAUGGAACAUCAGAGAAGUCACACUGGAGAAAAACCCUACAUGUGUAAGGAAUGUGGGAAAGCUUUCCAAGGGAGCACCAGUCUUACUCAGCACCUGAGGAUCCACACUGGGGAGAAGCCCUACCAGUGUGAAGAGUGUGGCCGAGCCUUCAUUCAGAGGUCAAGCCUUGUUCGUCAUCAGAGGAUCCACAGAGGGCAGAAGUCUGUGUCUAUAUCCUAAGUGUAAGAAAGCCUUCAAUCAGGCCUUACUGAACACUUUAGAAAGCUAUGCUGAAUACAGACUUAAUCAUUUUGUAAUAAACUGAAGAAAUUGGGAAUGUGGUGUCUCCAUUAUCAUUGUUAUUCUAGAUAGUCAAACUAGAAGACAUUUUGGUAUCAUCCAUCAGAUUGAAAGAAGCUGGUAGCUUGUCACUGGAGCAGACCACAUUUUGGGCUGAGUCUUUUAUGGAUCUGCUAUUUCUUUCUCCCAUUCUUUUGAUCCUUCUCCUUUGUGGUCCUUCAGCACUUUUGUUCCUUGAAGUCACUAUCAUCACAUACCCUGAAUAUCCUGAUGACACAGUGACUGUCACAUUUUGAAUGGAGGACCACUGAGGCUGUUAAGUGUGCAUACUGUGCAAAGGAGAACUUUAGCAGGAUGAGUGAGGAAAGUGACAUUGUUUUUAAAGUUACCUAAAUGAGGGGUAAGCUAGGUACUUAUUUAAAUAGAUAAGUUAAGUUUAAAAGCAACUACUCAAUGACAUAGCUUGCUGUUUUGUUUGCCUCCUCUUCACCCCAUUGGUGAGAGAGGAAGUCCCACCCUAAGAUUCUGGGGAUGGCCAAACACAUGACACCUGGCUCUGGACAGAUGGGAUUGACAAGAGUUUAUUAGUCAUGUGUACUCACAGCAUAGGGCAGGAGGGCCACUUGGGAGCAGAAUAAACAAACAGGAGCUUUGCGAUACAGGCUUCAUAGUAAUAAGAUGAGGUGAUGCCUGGUUUCCUUGGGAGGAUGUGAUUGGCUUGUUUGAAUAAUUUCAUUGUGGGGGGCAAAGUGGUGAAACCCAGUAGGUUGAGGACCAAGUAGAGUGUAGCUAGUCCAGCUGAUGGGGAACUAGCCAAGUGGGGUCACUUCCUGCUGGGGGGAGGCAUAUACCGCAAGAGUGGUGGAAUUGAUGGUUAGGCUU